GCUGCGUCAACUACAGGCAAAGAACAUUCGGAGCACCGACUCAGGCAAACUGCCCGGAGUGAGAGACGGGCACCUUCGUCUUUAGAUGGCGGACCUGAACGUCGGCGAGAAGCCGCUGCGAAACAUUUCAGAGUCGUUCAAAGCCCUUGCCGCCACUGUAAAUGCUGAAACCACCGCGGUCGAGGUUGCGCCGUUUUCUCGCGCCUGCUCCUUUAUUUCGCCUCUUUUUGGCUGCUUGGGCAUCGCAUUCAAAUUCGCGGAAAUGGACUAUGUUGCCAAGGUUAAUGAUCUCGUAGAAUCAUCUAAGUCAAUUGCAUCUCUACAAGUGUUGGUGGACAAAGAUAUUGAAUCUGACUGUGUGAGGAAAGCUGGUAGCCAUUCAAGAAAUCUCUUGAGAGUGAAGCGCGGGAUUGACAUGGUCAGAGUACUCUUCGAGCAAAUUUUAAUCACAGAAGGUAAUUCCUUGAGAGAUCCAGCUUCCAAAGCAUAUGCACAGGUAUUUGCUCCUCACCAUGGGUGGGCAAUCAGAAAAGCUGUUGGGGCAGGGAUGUAUGCUCUUCCUUCGAAGGCACAACUGCUGAGGAAGCUCAAUGAAGAUGAGGCCUCAGCCAGAAUCUUCAUGCAAGAUUAUGUGGCCGCUUCUGCUCCUGUGAUUCAGUAUGUUGAAAAGCUCUUCUUCUCCAGAGAUUUGGGCAUAGAUUGGUAACAUAUGAACUACAAAUCCAUAAUCUUAAUAAUUUUGAGUACUCUAUAUGUAAUCUACGAAUGAUUCAUGUCUUUUCCAUCUCCCCCAAAAUAUAAAAAAAAAAAUAAGAAAUGCACUCAACUAGAUAUCUUCCCUUUGGUGGCUUUUAUUGAACUAUAAAAUAUCCAUGAAUGCAUGAAGUUGUGUAUACUCGUCUAA